GGGGAGACACACACACUUGCACAGGACGCAAAAAGCGUAACAGAGGGCCGCAGCGCUCCUCAAACGACGCGCACGUUGGCGUUUCGAACCGCUGCGUCGCCCGUCUGCCAUAACAUUGAUCGCUAAGCAAGGCAACCAACCGGGGCUGCUGAAGCAGCACUGACUGCAACGCAGCAUCGCAAUAAAUGCGCCGCUGCGCAGCCGUGCUGGCAAUGCUGCGGGCCGCGGCGAUCGUGCCGCGCACCCGCUGGCAGCCGCAAGCCGAGCGCCACCUCGCGAGGGUCACGAAGCUGCUCGGCGCUGCACCGGACGUCGCCGCGGCGCGGUCGCGCGACGACCCGUUGCUGAAUUUCGUAUUUACGUAUUACGGUAGCGACUUGGGCGCAGCCGCGAAUCUCGGGCGAUGGUGCCCGCCGGUAGGUGUGGCCAUCGAAGCAUCACAGGACGACCGCGAACGGCUCUGGCGCGGCAUCGAGAGCAGCGGCUCGUACGAUCCGCGAAAGCUCCCCAAGAAGCGCCUCGCGGCCUUGGAGCGCGGCCGCGCCGCUCUCGCCGCGACGCGCAAACGGCCGCCGAUCUGGCACUGCUACGGGCUCCACGAGUGGGCGAUGCUCUACCGGCCCGACGGUGCCCCGCAACCGCACAAGCACCAGUCGCUACCGCUCCGCGUCGACCAGGCGACGAUUAAUCGCGUCGUCGAGGCGGACGAGAUCAAGUGCACGCACUUUGACGCCUUUCGCUUCUUCGCGCCCGAAGCCACGGACAAGAACCGCCACGCGCUGACGCGGCAGACGCAGCUCGACCACGAGCAGCCGGCCUGCGUCCACGCGAACAUGGAUUUACUACGGUACGCGCUGCGGCUGGCGCCCUUCGUCGACGCUAGUCUCAUCGGCGACGCGCUGGACGUCGCGUUGCAGGCGCGGGACUUGGACAUUCGCGCGUCGCCCUAUUUGCUCGCCGGCGCCGUGCCGGUGGAAGUCGAGACCACGGCCGGGCGAAAGGAGUACGUCCGACGCCAAGCCGCGGUCCACGACGCCGCCGCACCCGUCAGAGACCGCCUGCUUGCGGCCUACGACGACUUCUUCCUCGCACACGCGCUCGUGCCGGACGCUCGCGCGGAGGAGGCUAAACUUGUUGUAUAG